AUGGCAGGGAACCUGAAGAAAGGUGGGGGGAUCAUCGGAAUGAUGAAGGAUGCCUUCCAGCCGCACCAUCACCACCUCCACUCCCACCACCAGCCCGGGGCCGUCGACAAGAAAACUGUGGAGAAAUGCUGGAAACUGAUGGACAAGGUGGUGCGGCUGUGCCAAAACCCCAAACUGGCUCUGAAGAACAGCCCCCCUUACAUCCUCGACCUGCUGCCAGACACCUAUCAGCACCUGCGCACCAUCCUGUCUCGCUAUGAGGGCAAAAUGGAGACUCUGGGAGACAACGAGUUCUUCCGGGUCUUCAUGGAGAACCUGACCAAGAAGACCAAGCAGACCAUCAGCUUGUUCAAGGAAGGCAAGGAGCGCAUGUAUGAGGAGAAUUCGCAACCCAGACGAAACCUCACCAAGCUGUCGUUGAUCUUCAGUCACAUGCUGGCUGAGCUGAAAGCCAUCUUCCCCAAUGGCCUGUUUCAAGGUGACAACUUCCGCAUUACCAAAGCUGAUGCUGCAGAGUUCUGGAGGCGCGCCUUCGGGGACAAAACCAUUGUGCCUUGGAAGGUGUUCCGUCAGUCUCUCCAUGAGUUUCAUAACAUCAGCUCUGGUCUGGAGGCCAUGGCUCUCAAAUCCACCAUAGAUCUUACCUGCAAUGAUUAUAUCUCAGUGUUUGAGUUCGACAUCUUCACUCGGCUAUUCCAGCCUUGGUCAUCCCUGCUGCGAAACUGGAACAGCUUGGCUGUUACUCACCCAGGGUACAUGGCCUUCCUCACAUAUGAUGAGGUCAAAGCUCGGCUUCAGAAAUUCAUCCACAAGCCUGGCAGUUAUAUCUUCCGACUGAGUUGCACUCGACUGGGCCAGUGGGCCAUCGGUUACGUGACAGCCGAUGGGAAUAUUCUCCAAACCAUUCCCCAUAAUAAGCCUCUCUUCCAGGCCCUCAUUGAUGGUUUCAGAGAAGGCUUCUAUUUAUUCCCCGAUGGCCGGACUCAGAACCCCGACCUGACGGGUCUGUGUGAGCCUUCACCUCAAGAUCACAUUAAAGUCACACAGGAGCAAUAUGAGCUGUACUGUGAGAUGGGCUCCACUUUCCAGCUCUGUAAAAUCUGUGCGGAGAAUGACAAAGAUGUGAAGAUCGAGCCCUGUGGUCAUCUCAUGUGCACCUCCUGUCUCACCGCCUGGCAGGAGUCGGAGGGUCAGGGAACGGGAUGCCCCUUCUGUCGGUGUGAGAUUAAAGGUACAGAGCCGAUUGUCGUAGAUCCUUUUGACCCCAAGGACAACAGCGGGGGCUCAAGUCGGGCCGCCAUGGGAGCCGAGGGAGCUCCAUCGCCAAGCUAUGACGACGACGACGACGACAGACUUGAAGACCCCCACCUGGUAAUGAGCAAACUUGCUGGCACAAAGGUGGACCGCCCCCCGUCACCCAUGUCUAUGCCCCCUCAGUCAUCUCUUCCCCCAGUGCCUCCCAGGCUUGAUUUGUUACCACACAGACCUCCAAACCCCCCUGGUGCCUCCAGUCCAGGGGCCACCAGUAAGGCAGCAUCACAUCACAAAGACAAGCCUCUUCCACUUCCCCCUGCACUGCGGGAUCUUCCCCCACCCCCUCCUCCAGACAGACCUCACCCAGGCGGAGCGGCUCCAGAAGCUCGGCAUCCAAGACGGCCCCUACCGUGCACUCCAGGGGAGCCCCUUCGAGAUAAGCUCCCUCCCACUCCCCCGAACCGUCCUUUGGCUGACUGGAACUCCAGACCCGUUCCCAAAGCUCCAACCCCCUCUUCUUCAUCAUCUUCACCAUCCUCCUCAUCCACCCACGUGCCCAGCCUGGGGGUCGACCUCAGAGCAGGUGUCAGGGAGCUCUCCAACAGACACUCCCUCCCCUUGGCGCUGCCUUCUGCGCUGGACAACCGCGUGGACUCUCAGAAGAACAACAGCUCCCUCAGUCUGGACCACCAGCUGAGUUUAGCUGCAAUAGUUUCUCAAGAUUAUGACAACCCCAAAGUGAAACCAUCAUCCUCGGCCAAUGCCAUCUACGCACUGGCAAACAGACCGUCUCAAGGUUUGAGGCAAGUGCCCGGAGAGGAGGCGUGUGACAGCGAGGAAGACUCUGAGUACAUGAUCCCUUCAUCUCGCCCCAUUGCCGCCCCAUCAGUACCAGACACCCUACAAGUCCAAAGGCCCCCACAGCCUCAGCCUCUGACUGCUCUGCAGGCACAGACUCAAGCCCCUGCAGUCAACUCGCGUCUCACACUAGGUGCAGAGGAUGGGCCGAUAUCGCAUGAAGCCAUGUACAGCGUCCAGCCGAGGUCACAACAAGCCAGAGAUUCAGAUUACUCAGAGCUGCCUCCCCUGCCGGUCACCAACGGGCCCAGAGACCAUGCAGCAGAGGACAGAGAGGAAGAGGAUAACGGCUACGACUUCCCAAAGCCCCGGCUACCACAGCCCCCUGCUCGGCGGACCUUUUCAGAAAUGGGGGGGUCUCUGUCUACAUCUUCAUCCUCCUCAUCGUCAUGCUCGUCAUCUGUGGCAGCCUUUAGCCGCCUUUCCCUAGAUUCAGAUUUUGGAGCUACGGCAUCUGCUUUAGAGCCAGCAGAAGCACCGGAGAGACCUCCAAAGCCGCUGCCCAGACGGAUCAACUCGGAGCGCCGCCAGAGCCCCGUCCCGCCUGCGCCUGCUCCGCCCAACGGUGGCGCAGCGGGCGGGGAGGCCAGCCCCCUGAUCAGCAGCGAGAUCGAGCACCUCAUGAGUCAGGGCUACUCCUACCAGGACAUCCAGAAAGCUCUGAUGAUUGCACAGAACAAUAUAGAAAUGGCCAAGAACAUCCUGCGUGAGUUCGUCUCUGUUCCCUCCACCGCCCACAUUUUUACAUAGCAGAUUGUGGCGCCCACGAAUCGCGGUUUGCUCUCUUUGCCCUAGCUUGGCUCAGCCUGGUUUGGUUUUGGUCGCCGCAGACCGACCUUAAAAGCCUACUGCCUCCAGGACUACGUAAAGUGCUGCCUGACACCCUACGUCCCCCUGCCCCUCCCACCGAACCCUCCUGUGGUUUCUGUCCUGGCUGUUACUCAGCAAGCUUACAGUAUCUGCAGGAAUCUGCGCCAGGCACUCCACGUGCUUUCAAAAGUCUCAUGCUCUUUUUUUUUUUCUUCGAGUGUUUGGUUUCAGGAGCAUCUCCUCAGGACCGCCCAAACGCGGCAACCCGAGACUUUCAUAGGAAUCUGCGGAAGACAAACUCUCAUCUUCCAUGUUGAAGCCUCUCGCUGAAAAUAUAAUCAACACCUCACAAGGAAAACUAAAAGUGUAUGUCUAUAUGAGAAUUUAAUAUAUAAGUAAGUAUAUAUUAAAUGUGUGUAAUAUAUACAGUACAGUACGUGCAUAAAUAAUAUGUGAAAAUGGUUCAGUUUGGAGGGUUGCUCUUGGUACCACUGCAGAGGGUGGGGGGGGGACAGGAGUCGGAUUACGGGAAGGAAGAGGAAGGAUGAAUCGGGCGUCUUCCUCACCAGGAUGCGUUAGUCAGCAGAACCUUGGAAAACGUGCAGCAGAGCUUUUCAUCUUGACUUUAGUUGGAUACGGCCUUUACUUAACAUUGCUUUGGUACUUUUUUUUUUUUUAACAUAAAAAAAAGCAAGCGUGUCGUUUUGUUUGUAGCAUGAUGAUGGUUUCAGGUCUGGACAUGUUGCUGGCUGCUUGUGUGUUUUGUGUACGUGAGCAUGGUUGCCUGUGUGUGUGUUUGCCAGACUUUUUACUCCACUCGUCCUGCUCUCGGAUGAAGCCCUGCCCUCUCCUGUCCGUCUCAACAUGAAUGUGUGCUCCAGUCCGCGUACUUGGACUCGCGCUCUGUUAAUGUACUACUGCUCUAAGUUAUAAGGCGGGGCCUGGUGUAGCUGCAGAGGUGCGUCCCUCAGCUAGCAGACAGGCUAGUUGUUUCGUGAUCUGUGGUGGCUCACAUGUUUUCUUUCUGUUGUAUGAACUCACUGGCUGGUCCGGGUUUCUGUCUCCAGCUGAGUCCAGUGUUGCAAAACAAAAAUGAGAAAAAAUAAAUAAAUAUUGACUUACUUUGAUAAUAUAUUGUUGUUAUACGAUCAUAAAUAUUGUUGGUAUAAUUAAUUCAGAAGUGUUUCACUGCUGCUAUUAUUGUUAGUGCUAAACAAUUAAAGCCUUAAAUGUACAUUUGUGAAUACUCUGUUUAACCGUCAUCCUGUUUCUUUAAAGUGACAGUAUCCUUUGUCUUUCCAGUUCAUAAUGUAGCAUACUUGAAAAGUAUACGCAGCUCGUGAGCCCGCAGCCGUCUCAAGCUGUCGACCUGUUUAGUAUUUUUAACGUUUAGUUCUGCUCUUUCUUUAGUGUAUAUACAAGGUUCCUGCACGAUUGUUGAAAAGUUUGAAGUUAGAUUUUUACAUUUAAAGUUUGAGAUAUGUGUUUGAGUUCCUAGACUAUCAUAAGUAUUUCCAUUAUCUAAAAGAUAAAAAUCUGAAUAUCAGGAAAAAACAGGCUUUUUAUACCUUAGAAUUUCAACAUAUUUAAGUAAAAUUCACAGAAUAAAUAAUAAAGGGCUAUUUCAAUGCCUUUUUGGUAACUGAGAUAUUUAUAUAAUUGCAAUACUAAUAAUUGAACACUGUGAUAAUUGAGAUUAGCACUUUCUGUAAUCAUGAAAAGCCCACCACUCUUUAAGCUUUCCUGUAUAAGCACUGCAUGAGUUGUGCUACUUCAUUCAAUUUCUACAAGCAAGUAAAAUAUUAAAUUACAUGUAGGAUGAUACAAUUCGGAUUUGACCAGUGUAGAUGUUUUAGAUACUUCCAUGCUUUUUAAAGGUGGAAAGAUUUAUAUAUGUCCAGCAUUACUUCUUUCUUAAAAGUGGAGGAAAAGGUGAAGUUGCCACCUUUCUGCCAAUUGGUUGCCAGGUGGUUGCCAGGGCUACAUUGCAUUUCUUACAAAAAUAAUUGUACCAGGUUCUUUUCACAGCAUUUUGGACCCUCUGCCCUCCAAGGUCAGGGUUCUGUGGUUCCUAACCUGGGCAGAAAAAACACAAGCUAAAUUAAAUCAGAUGCUGUUACAGUUAAAUCAAUAAGAGUGGGGUCUUGAAAUCCUAUGUAGAAUUGAAAGUAACAUUUGUAUUUAUAAAGUGCACUAAUGGUAAAAAUUAAAGAAACAACUGGAUUCUUAGUUGAUACAAUUUGUGUUGUUAGUGUACCUUUUUAUUUAUUUAUUUUUUUUAUUGACUUGCUAAAACAUGUUUACCCAAAUGAUAUUUGGGGGUAAAAAGAACCUACAACCAGUAUCUCAAAGAUUGGGAAUUGGAUGUUUUUCACAAACUUUGAUUUAAAGAGAAGCACAAACUUGAUCCAGAAGCCCAAAAAACAUGGAGCAAGUCUUUUUCCCCUCUUUAAAAUCAACCAAGUAGUUAGUUCUCCUUUAGUUCUCUUGUGACUAGAAAAAUGGCCAAACCACCAAAUUAGUCUUUCAAUGAAUAAUAGAAGAAACCAUCUUUAAGCCAGCCUUAAGGCAGUGGGCAGCAACAUAUAUAGGCCUUAUGUUUCAGAGAUUAUGAAAAAGAGUUGAUCAAAGAUGACCCAGAAGCCAAAAAAAGCAGCGAAAUAACCCUUUACCACUCUGUGAAAUUGGAAGCCAACCUCAGUGUUGUAUAAUUUAAUGAUUUGUGAAAUAUAGAGAUAAUAUAAACUUAAAAAUAUGUAUAGUAGUAAUAAUAAGUAAAUGAUUUUUACUCAAUGUUCCAGAACUUUUUCUUUAAAAAAAAAAAGCUGAAAAAAAUGAGAAUCGUUGCCAGUGGGAACCUUGUGUAUAUUAACAGUAAUAAAGCAACCAAAAAUGCUUUUAAAGUUUUCGGUAAAAGACGAAUGCUUUCUGUUGAGCUUUGCCUUCUCGUUGCUCUGAAAAGAGGAGCGAGCGCCGAGGCUUUUCGUAGCGUAGACUCAUGGGUACGCUGGCCCCGCCCCACUGUCUACGGUAAAAAUCAGUAUUUGGGCCGACUGUAACAACUAACUCAGGAAUAAAUGCUGUCAAAACGCAGAGCGGACUCAUUAGCACAGACAGCAGCUCACCUGUGUACAGCGAAAAGUAACUGCUUCUUAGUCACAGACUUGCACAUUUUGUUUUUGUAUCAUUUUUUCCAGUGUUCGCAGGAGCAGAAACAGCAGCUUUUUACUUCCAGGUACUCUGAAUUUAAAGGAUAUAGUCACACAAACAGCUUGUAGGUACAUUAACUUGAGGCUCUCCCAGUAUAUGAAGAAUGUUUUUGGUGUUUUUUAUUAUUUUCUGAUUGGGGGGGUGCCAAUUAGCCCCAGGUUGUCUUCACCUCUUCCGACUGAUGCUGUGUGUUGACUGGAAGCUCUCUCUGCGCUGUCUCUAGUUCUGUUUCAUGUUUAUUUCCUAGUUGCCUUGAGAAACUUCUUGAAUGAUGGAUGGUGACGGACUGGGGAGAUCCGCAAUCCUCAACACUGUACCGAUGUUUCAAGACGGCAUCUCAUUAUGUAUUAUUAAUUAACCUUUAUUUUUGCACAGCAUACCGAUUUGUGCUUUGAUACUGUCACUCUAAAGAACAGCUUAUUGUAUACAGUUAAAGAAAAAUGUCAUUUUUGCAUUCCUGUGCAUUUUGUCCCAAAGGUUUUGUUUACUUGUUUGUUUUUCUUGACUUGUGCCAUAUGUUUAGAGAGAGAAAGAGAGAGAGAGAGAUCAUCACCGAUGUCCUUACUUUUGUUUUUUAAAAGGCCUUGCUAUUCGAGGAGUGUUUGUGGGUCUCAAUCUGUAUCUGUUGGUCUUUGAAGGCAACAUAGUGCAGUAAUGCUCGCAUCGAUCUGUCCUCUGCCUCUUCAGGCGCAUCUAGCCUCAUCCCUCAAACGCUUCAGUGUCUUUUUUGCUCAUUUUUUUCCAGAUCAGUUCUCAGCCUCUGGAUGCUCCAGAUGCUCAGUGCUGUGCAAUUUCAAUAUUCAGCCAGUAGAGGGGGCUGUCGUUCUAAUUUCCCCCCCAAAAAAACCUCAGUAAAAGAAAAGGCAUUCAUGAUUUUUUUUUUAAUGGUUUUUAAAGCUCAUAUCAAUUUGAAAGUAUGCACAUUGCUGUUAAUAAAAGGUUAAGCAACA